GCAAAGUACUUAUACUCGGCCUCGUCUCUCCUCCCGGCACACAUCGUUUUCGGAUCUCCUCGGUUGGUUUCUGACGUCCUGUCAGCUGCGGUGAUUUUAUUUUUUCUGAUCAACCGACUUCCUAAAGCAAGUACGACAUGGCCCGUACCAAGCAGACUGCCCGUAAAUCCACUGGAGGAAAGGCGCCAAGGAAGCAGCUCGCUACCAAGGCAGCCAGGAAGAGCGCCCCGUCCACGGGCGGUGUGAAGAAGCCCCAUCGUUACAGGCCUGGAACUGUGGCUCUGAGGGAGAUCCGUCGUUACCAGAAGUCCACCGAGCUGCUCAUCCGCAAGCUGCCCUUCCAGCGCCUGGUGAGAGAAAUUGCCCAGGAUUUCAAGACUGAUCUGCGUUUCCAGAGUGCUGCCAUCGGAGCUCUCCAGGAAGCCAGUGAGGCUUACCUGGUGGGUCUGUUUGAGGACACCAACCUGUGCGCCAUCCACGCCAAACGUGUCACCAUCAUGCCCAAAGACAUCCAGCUGGCCCGCAGGAUAAGGGGAGAGAGGGCCUAAGUGGCUAGUGGCAGCAAUGUCAUGACAAAUGAUCCUAUUUAUCAUACUUAACCAUUUUUGUGGACAUUUUUAUUUCUUUUUAUAAGUUUUCUUUUUGGAUUUUGUAUUGUAAUAGACUGGGACAAUUCAUCAAUCAUUCCACAAGCCCGUAGGGUAGCUGGAAGUGUUGUGUGGUAGGAGUCUCUACCUAUUCCAUCAUGGGUCAUUACUACGUUACAUCCA